AUGUUGAUACCUUUGAACGAUGCCAGUUAUGAGUUAGCACUCAAAAUUUGCAAACAAAGCCUAAUAUCUGUAGCAGGAAUUGUAGGUUUUUACCAAACCGCCAGAAUAAUUUACAACCUGUUUAUUCACCCACUACGCCACAUCCCUGGGCCAUGGCUUUCUGCUGCCUCUUACCUCCCGGAAUUCUACUACGACGUUUUCAGGUCUGGACGCUAUACGAGACAGAUCCAAAAUAUGCAUGAAAAAUAUGGCCCAAUUGUCCGAAUCAACCCCGAUGAAGUACACUGCAGUGAUCAUCGUUUCAUAGACGAAAUAUAUGCUGGGGGAGGUAGAAAACGCGACAAGCCCACGCACCAAGUUCGGGGCAGUGGAGUGGCCGAAAACGCAACAUUUUCGACAAUUAACCAUGAUCUCCACCGAAUGCGCCGAGGCGCCUUGUCCAAAUUCUUUUCUCGCGCUCAAGUUUCGCGCCUUGAGCCCACCGUUCGGAACUUGGCUGAAGGAAUAUGCGACAAGAUGUUGCGCGUUAAACAGCAGGGACCAUUUGAUGUGACAACGGCCCUGAGCCUCUUCACGACUGAUGUCAUCACUGGUUAUUGCCUUGGCGAGAACUUGGGUCUCAUAGCCCAAAAGGGCUGGGAGCCAAACUUCCGCGAGCCGCUUUUUGCUCAACUAAAGCUUGUCUACUGGUUCCGCUUUAUUCCAUGGCUAAAACAUGCUGGCUUUGCAAUGGCUAUGUUCACGAGGAAGCUAUCGGAAGAUAUGGAAACGCUAUUUAGUGUUCUGAUCGUGGACAUGCCUGGCUAUGUCAAAAAAGCACAGACUCGAGUCGAUAAAGGAAUCGAUGACGGCACAACGGUGUUUGGAUCUGUCCUUCAAUCGGAUCUCCCCCAAGCAGAGAAAACGACCCAGAGACUCGUCGAGGAGGGGUUCUCCCUGUUUGUAGCUGGUACAGAAACAGUCAGCUGGACUUUGACUGUGAUUGCGUAUCAUCUUCUCACCAAGCCGGCUAUUUUAAGUAAGAUUACUGCUGAGGUGCGUGAGGCGACAGGCAACUCAGGGAAAGUGCCUCAAUGGGCGGCUCUUGAAAAGCUGCCGUAUUUAAGCUCCGUCAUAUAUGAAGGUCUGAGGCUCUCGUAUGGCCUAGCUAGUCGCACCUCCCGUGUUGCAACUAGCGAAGAUCUAGUCUACCGUGGUGAUUGGACCCCGAAGAAGUCAAACAGCACCAAGAAAGUGGACCUUGUCAUUCCUCGGGGAUACGCCAUCGGCAUGUCCGCUGUCAUCACACAUCAUGACGAGAGUAUAUUCCCAGAUUCGCACUCGUUUAUCCCUGAGAGGUGGCUGGAUGAGAACCAACAGCACAGAAAAGAGCUAGACCGCUCUCUCCUCUCCUUCUCAAAGGGGAGCCGUGGGUGCAUUGGUAUCAAGUACGUGGAUAUAUCCUGCCUUUUAUUAGAAGAAUGCUUUGUUGACCAUUUUAGCCUUGCCUACUGUGAGUUAUAUGUUCUACUAGGUCUUUUAGUCGACCGAGUAUUUCCGCACAUGAAAUUAUAUAAGACUACAGAGGCGGAUAUUGCAUGGGACCACGAUUUCUUCAACCCUUUUCCUGUGUGGGGCAGCCAAGGUGUAAGAGCAGUGAUUGUUUAA